CUAUCAAACUCGUUUACAUCCUGUCAGUAUGUUGAAAAUGUACUUUCAUUUUGACGAAAAUGUAAAUCACACAAUCUGAAUAGCAUACAUAUAGGCCUAUUGUACGUCAUUGGAGUUGACUUGGAUGUGUGCAUGGUGUGACUCCUUCAAAUUAUAGAUUAAAAACAAUACUGUCUCAUGAUAUGUCUGAAGGAUGGUCCAAAAUGUACUCCUGAGCAUGACGAGAAUAGCGACUGCUGUGGUUUUCAUCGUACAGAUACCUAAUGCGAUCGCAUUUGCCAUAGGCUACGACAGAGCCGCCGAGUAUGUACAGGUGCUUCGUGAACAAAGCCGUCCAGUGAAAAAUGAUUGGCGACAGCAUAAUUACUGUAAAUACAUUACAAACUUUGCAUCCCACUUCGGCAAAGAACGGUGUUUGGUGGUUGGUAGCACAAAAGAAGGAACUCGGCUGCGUUCCCGGCUGGAUGAAGGGGACUACGAUUACCUGAUUAUAUCCGAUGUGUUUAUCCCAGCAGAAGCCUUGGAAUACAGGAAAGAAGUCCCCUGCUUUGUCCACAUUAAUGUUGAAAAAAUACAGCAUAACUUUUCCAAUGCUUCUGUUAUUGAUGGGAAAUACCUGAACACCAGACUGUUGAAGGGCUUUGACGAUAGUGUCUUUAAGAUAUUAAGAGGGAUUUACGAUGUCCUGACCAUGCCGUCUUUAAUUCGGUCCUAUAAGGGUGUUGACGUUAAGGUUAACAAAGAGGUGAAGCCCGGUUACAACCAGGUCCACUUUUCUGGAUUUGAAUACGAAGAUGGAGAGCUAGGGUAUGUUCAAGUUCAGGCAGAUAUUCAAGCAAUCAAAGAGCAGUUUAGACACCUUCUUGCACGCAGCGAUAUAUCAGAAGAUAUGAUCUCAGUUUUGAGUAAUAGCUUAUCUCUGAUAGAGGAAUUGCGGCCUGAGGAUAUAUCAAAUUCUCUAACUUUUCAAACCUUUGGUGCUUUGAUAGAAGCUGCAUCUGGCGAAACACUGUCAUCCCUCUACGGAGCUAGUCAAAAGGAGGAUUUUUGUGACGGAGACACCUGUAAUCCUGAUAAAAUGAAAACAGAUGAUGAACAAGGAAAUCUCGAUACGAAACUGAAAGAAUAUAUUACGAUACAUUAUGACUACAAAAGUGGUCGCGAUUUCAUUCCUGCGUUUCCGAUCAAGGGAAAACUUCAGUGUUUAGACGAAUGGAGAAACCGAUUAUUAGAAUCGGUCGUAUUUUGGCCAAGUCGAGAAAUCAUCGACCAAAUCUACGGAAGUGAAUAUUUUGCAAUAGCGAAACCAGCAAUUAUCAAUUCCCAAAUAAAUAAAGACUUUUGCAUCGGUUUUAACAAUGCUGAAAUGAUUCUCGCUUCAUCUUUUUCGGAUGGUCAAAGAGUAUGUUUUUUACUUUUGAAAUCUUUGCAAAAAGGUUUUCUUAAACAAUACUCAGAGCGCUUGACCACCUAUCACUGGAAGUCGGCAUUUUAUCAUGUAUCCGAAACUACGGAGACGGAUUUGUUUACAGACACGGCAGGCAUUUUUCUAGUUUUGGAGAAAGUUAUAAACUAUAUGAUUUCAUGUCUUGAAAAACGCUUUUUGCGACAUUACUUCAUCAAAAGUAAUUUAAUUGCUCAUUUUUCCGAGGAGGAAUCUCAUCGACUUUCUUCUGCGAUUAAAGAUAUACUCUUAGAUCCUGUGAAAACUUUAGAUGUUUACUUUUCCUCAAGGGAAAAUGAUGGGAAACUCACUGAUCACAUUCCAAAUGAACAGUUAGGAGACUUAAAACACCAAGAGGGUGAUUCAUCGCGAGCAACUCAUGCUGAAUCAAUCGUUUCAUUAAUUAGUCGUCUGCAACAAGGAACCGGAAAUGACUCCACGAAGUUCGUGGAAGCCAUUAUUGACACAUUGGCUCUGGUGGUUCAAGCUGAAGCAAACUUUGAUUGCAACAGUCAUGAUCUCUGUCGAGGGAUUCUGAAAGUCACCGGUGAUUUUUUAAAUACGAAGUUUCGGACAACAGAUGACAGGAAAACAUUAUUAAAAGUUAUUGCACCCAUAUUUUUGACAUAUCAGUCUCAGUCAUUCGGAUGAAAUGUUUUACAGUCAGUACCAAAAACUAGAAAAGGCUGAACAGUGAAAAUAUGUUUAUAUUAGGUUUAUUAUUGUUGUAAAGACUGAAAUGUAAUUUCAGUAUAUGAUAUUAUAUUCAUAAUGUGAUAUUGCACUGCACAGUAUAAUGACAUAUAAAUAUUAUUUUACA